GCCUGGCCCGGCCCUUGGCGGCCCCUCUGUGGGGAAACGGGGACUGUGCGGCUGGCCGGGGCUGGGGGGACACCCGGGGUCCUGGGGUCUCCCUGUGCAGCUGGAAAUCCAAGCCCUGGAGACUGACUGGCAGUGUGGCGCGGGCCAGGCUUCAGCCAGUGUGAUGCUGAAGAUGAUGACCUCGCAAGGCUUCCUGGGCCAGCAUCCUGUGCCAAGAGCUCCCGACCCACUUGGACACCCCCAGAAGUUAUCCCCCACAUCAGAGGCAGACUCAGAGGCCUCCAUUUCUGAAGCCUCCUCUGAGGACCUGGCGCCACCCCUGGAGGCUGGGGUGGCCCCAGAGCAGGACGGGGGAGAGGCUGUGGAGAAGGAGAAGAAGAAGAAGCCAAAAGCCCUGGCCAACAUGUUCACCAUAUUCAAAGGGAAGAAGAAGAAGAAGAAGAGUUCACCCAGCUCGGUGCAGCCAGAGCCCACGGGGCCCAGGCGGGGUCUGAGCAGCCCACCACCCACAGUGGAGGAGCUCAAGGCUGCGCUGGAGGGUGGACACCUGGAGGCUGCGGGGCCCCUGCUGGCGCUGGAGCGGGAGCUGGUGGCCUUGGCCAUGGCCGGUGGCAUGGACGCGGAGGAGCUGGUGCGGCGGCAGAGCAAGGUGGAGGCGCUGUAUGCGCUGCUGCGUGACCAGGUGCUGGGUGGGCAGUCAGAGGUGGAGGCUACCUUCCUGCACAUGGGCCGCACCAUGAAGGAGGACCUGGAGGCCGUGGUGGCUCGGCUGCGGCCGCUGUUCCCGGCGGAAUUCGGUGUGGUGGCCACCUACGCACGCAGCUACCACAAGCACUUCGCAGCACACGCAGCCGCCCUGGCGCAGUUUGAGCUGUGUGAGCGCGAUGCCUACCUGCUGCUGCUCUGGGUGCAGAACCUUUACCCCAAUGACAUCCUCAGGAGCCCCAAGCUGGCGGCUGAGCUGCAGGGUAUGAGCCUCGGGAGCCUACUGCCCCCCAAGCAAAUCCGGCUGCUGGAGGCCACAUUCCUGUCCAAUGAGGUGGCCAACGUGAAGGAGCUGGCAGCCCGUGCCCUGGAGCUGGAGUCACAGAGCUGGGCCCAGGAUGUGGCUCCACAGAAGCUGGACAGCCACUGCCACAGCGAGCUGGCCAUCGACGUCAUGCAGAUCGUCUCCCAGGGCCAGGCCAAGGCCGAGAACAUCACCCCCGACUUGGGCCUGCAGAUCAAGCAAAUGCUGCUGAUGGAGCUGGCCACCUUCCUGAGAAGCUACCAGCGCACCUUUGAUGAAUUUCUGGAGAGAGGCAAACAGCUGCGAAAUUACAGGGCCAAUGUUAUCGCCAACAUCAACAAUUGCCUGUCCUUCUGGACAUCCAUGGAGCAGAACUGGCAGAUACUGCAGGACCCCCGGAGCCACCUGCUGGACCCCCUGAGUGAAAUCAAGAGCCAUGGUUUUGACGUCCUGCUCCAGAGCCUGUUCAUGGACCUGAAGCUUCUGUUCAAGAGGUUCACGAAGACUCGCUGGGCAGCGCCUGCUGAGACCCUGGAGGAAAUCCUCGCCACCGUGGGUGGACGGCUGCCAGAGUUCUGGGAACUGCAGGACCGCUUCCGGGAGGAGCUCAUGGAGGCCGUGCACCUGCAGCUGGUGAAGGAAUAUAUCACCCGCCUGAGCAAGCGCCAAGUGGUCCUCAGGACGGCAGAGCAGCAGCAGCAGCUGGCAAGCCACAUCCUGGCCAACGCCCACGCUAUCCAGCUCUUCUGCACACAAAACGGCUCCCCUGCGAGCUGGCUGCACCCUGCCCUCCCCACACUGGCAGAGAUCAUCCGCCUGCAAGACCCCAGCGCCAUCAAAAUGGAGGUAGCCACCUACGCCACGUCAUAUCCUGACUUUAGCAAAGGCCACCUGAGUGCCAUCCUGGCCAUCAAGGGCAACCUAUCAAGCAGCGAUGCCAAGAGCAUCCGGAACAUCCUGGACAUUGACACGGGCGUGCCGGAGCCUGCCAGGGCCCUGUUUUCACUGAUAAAGGUUGGGUAGCUUUCCCUGCACUCCCACCUGCUUGCGAGCGCCCAGUGAGCAGGUUGCCCACCCCUUUGGGAGCUGCCCAGACUGGCACUGACUCCGGGACCUCUCAUGGGCCUCCAGCGUUCCCUUCUGCCUCUGCCCAGCCCAGGUCUAGGACAGGCCCUGUGCCGCUGGGCCCAGCAGAGCCCUGUCUGUGUGCGUCGGGUGGAACAAGAGUGCACCCAAGGAGCUGUCUGGAAGGGAGCGUAGUUGGUGCACACAGGGGGUACCUGGGGUGGGGAGGCUACAGCUGGGGCCAGGUGUCCUGGGCCAGCCCUGCCCUCUCCAGUCUGGCUCCCAGAGCCUCCUGAUGGGCGAGGCUUGGUGCCCCUUCUGGCUCGAUAGGCCCAGGCCCAGCCUCACUCACCUAGUGCCCUUGGGCCAGACCGCUGUGAACUGGGUGCUGCAGGCUUGGCCUCAGCCAGAACUGGAAAAAAGCUCAUCCAGGCUUGGCGGGGCACGUGGGCAGCAUCAGAUGCACUGCAGAGUCCAGGGGCCCGGACCACAGCCCGCCUGCCUCUCCUGGGGCUUCCCCAAGUGGGUCCCACUGCAGCUGAGCCUUGCAGGUGCACCUGUCCCUGCCUCCUCUGAUGUUCCUUGGCCACCACAUCCAUUUCCACUCCUCCCCUCUCCAUUUUGGGGACCCUUGUGCCAAUGCUGAGCUCACCUAGAGAGAUGCCUCGAUCUCCUCCAUUUUAGGAUGUGGAUGUCUUUGGGGAUCCUUACUCUGCUUGCCCCAGCUGCACUCAGCCCCUGCCCAGGCACAGGGCCCCAUUCUGCCCGAGGGAAUCGAAUCCAGUUUCCGUGCCAGGCCUCUGCCACCUGGAAAGCACUGCCCCUGCCUGGGCCUGACAAUGCUGGGACCCAGGCCGACCAAGCCUCCCUGUGCCCCUGGGUGUGUGGAGCUGGGGCUCAGAGCCAGCUCUGUGGAGUGGGUCCCCUUCCAGGUCCUGCCUUACCCAACCAGAGCCACACACACCUGCAACCCUCAGCUCCUGGCAGCCUAGUAAGAUGUGGUCUUAAAAUUGUUGAGGCGGUGCUGUGUAGCUGAGUGGAAUCACACAAGCUUGCAUCCCUGGCUACAUCCCCGCUCUUGCAAAAAAGGAAAAGUGGCUGGGAGCUGGACAGUGCAAGGGGUGCACUAAGGGUUUUGUAUGUUUGUAGGAGUUGCCUUGUGAUGUUAUUAUUAUUUUUUAUUGUAUGCUUUUGUAUGUAA